CUUUCUACAUAAAUAUGUACAUAGCCUAUUUCAUACACUAACACAUCCUAUUUUAUAAUUCCACACAAAAACAACUACAAACAUGUCCAUGGCUAUAAAUGUGUGGUGGCUAGUAACGGUUGUUGUAGUGGCGGUUCACUCGGCAUCGGCCGGAGUUAUAGUAUUAAAAUGGGAGGUUGAGUAUAAGUUCUGGUGGCCGGAUUGUAAAGAAGGCAUCGUUAUGGCCAUCAACGGCAAGUUUCCGGGGCCGACGAUAGAUGCCGUCGCCGGAGAUACCGUUAUCAUCCACGUCACCAACAAACUGUCCACGGAAGGUGUUGUCAUCCAUUGGCACGGCAUACGUCAGAUUGGGACUCCAUGGGCAGAUGGAGCAGCGGGUGUGACACAAUGUGCUAUUACCCCUGGCGAGACUUUCACUUACAAUUUCACCGUCGAUAAGGCGGGAACACAUUUUUACCAUGGACACUACGGGAUGCAGAGAUCGGCGGGACUAUACGGAAUGCUGAUAGUGAGAUCUUCCAAGGAGAGGUUACGUUACGAUGGAGAGUUUAAUUUGUUGCUCAGUGACUGGUGGCACCAAAGCACCCACACGCAAGAACUCGCUCUUUCUUCGAGGCCUAUGCGUUGGAUCGGUGAACCUCAGUCUCUGUUGAUCAACGGAAGAGGACAGUUCAAUUGUUCACUAGCUGCUUAUCUUAACAAAGGAGGAGGUGUGAGACAGUGCACGUUUCAAAAAGACGAUCAAUGCGCACCUGAAACGCUAAGGGUCGAGCCAAACAGAGUCUAUCGUCUUCGCAUCGCUAGCACCACUGCUCUUGCUUCCCUCAACUUAGCCGUCGAAGGACACCAACUAGAGGUCGUUGAAGCCGACGGCAACUACGUCGCGCCGUUCACCGUCAACGACAUCGACAUCUAUUCCGGCGAGACCUACUCCGUUCUUCUAAGAACUCACCCAUCUCCUUCCAAGAAAUACUGGAUCUCCGUCGGCGUUCGUGGCCGGAGACCAAACACUACUCAGGCACUCACCGUCUUAAAUUACGUAGACACCCCUGACUCCGAAGGCCCAACUCAUCCUCCGCCGGUGACUCCACGGUGGGACGACUACGAUCGGAGCAAAAGCUUCUCGAAGAAAUUCUUCGCCGCAAAAGGAUAUCCACCGCCGCCGAAGAAAUCAGACGACCAGCUCAUCCUCCUCAACACCCAGAAUCUAAUCGAUAACCACACGAAAUGGGCAAUCAACAACGUCUCCUUGUCCGUUCCGGCGACGCCGUAUCUCGGAUCCAUCAGAUACGGUUUCAAAUCGGCUUACGAAUUGAUGAAAUCGCCGGGAAAGUCGUUCGUUAAGGACUACGACAUCAUGAAACCGCCGGUGAAUCCCAACACCACGAAGGGAAGCGGGAUCUACAGUUUUCCGGCGGGAAUCGUCGUCGACGUGAUUCUCCAGAACGCGAACGUAUUGAAAGGGAAAAUCAGCGAGAUACAUCCGUGGCAUCUUCACGGUCACGAUUUCUGGGUUUUGGGUUACGGCGAAGGGAAAUUCAGACCUGGAAUCGACGAGAAGACGUAUAAUCUGGAGAAUCCGCCGUUACGGAAUACGGUUGCUCUGUAUCCUUUUGGAUGGACGGCGUUAAGAUUCGUGACGGAUAAUCCUGGGGUUUGGUUUUUUCAUUGUCACAUUGAACCGCAUUUGCAUAUGGGUAUGGGUGCGGUUUUCGCUGAGGGAGUGGACCGGAUCCGUGAGAUGGAUAUACCGAACGAAGCGCUCGGUUGUGGGUUAACCAUGAAAUGGCUCAUGAACCGGGGUCGCCGUUAGUUUGUUGGAUGUAUUUGUGUAUGUAUGUGUUUUUUUUUUACCUCAUACGGUUGUUAAAUAAUUUUCUGGACAAACAUAACGUUUUAAUUCAGGCUUUUUAUCAACUCGAUU